UGAUAACUCACUCCGCCUGUGACUCUCCUUCGAGAAGCCCUUCUAGACUCCAGGCCAGCGGUGCUCCUACGCACAGGCCGUGCUUCACCUUGAAUCUGUGUGUGUUUUGCUGCCCUCCUUUCGGUCUGCUCCUCUCUGUACAAGUCUGGUACCAGUCCGGCACCAUUUUAUCUUGUGGGAGCUGAAUUUCAUGCAAGGUUUCUCAACCUGGAGACGAUCUGUCUAGUCGCUCACAGACCGUGAAAAUUGAGCUAUGGGAUCGAUGUUGCAAUGGAGGCUAUGCUCCCUGGCCGUGGUGCUGGUUUCAUGCUUCCUAGCCCAGGAGGCUGUUGCCCAAAGACCCAGGUACAUGGAUCCCAGACAGCCUGUGGAAGUCAGGGUCAAUGACCUUCUCUCUCGAAUGACCCUCGACGAGAAGAUUGGUCAGAUGACGCAGAUCGAGCGUGGCGUCGCGUCCCCUUCUGUUAUUGAGAAGUACAAAAUUGGGAGCAUUCUGAGCGGUGGGGGAAGUGAGCCUUCGUACAGAGCGACGCCUUCUCAAUGGAUGUCCAUGACAAACAGCUUUCAGUGGGGCGCCAUGCAAACAAGACUGAAAAUUCCAAUUAUUUAUGGUACCGACGCUGUGCACGGCAAUAACAAUGUCUAUGGAGCCACUAUCUUCCCGCACAACAUUGGUCUCGGCUGCACAAGGGAUCCAAACUUAGUGAGGAGGAUUGGAAGCGCGACUGCCCUGGAAGUGCGCGCAACCGGGAUCACAUACACGUUCGCACCAUGCAUUGCCGUGUGCCGUGAUCCGCGUUGGGGUCGGUGCUACGAGAGCUACAGCGAGGAUCCUGAAGUGGUGAGGAGUAUGACUACCAUUAUCGACGGGUUACAAGGUCAGUGUCCGGCGGGAUGGAGAGGUCCCUACUUGGAAAGCAACCGCAAAGUGCUGGCCUGUGCUAAGCAUUUCGUGGGUGACGGAGGAACGUGGCAGGGCAAGGAUAUGGGUAAUGCCAUCAUGAACUAUGAUACUCUCGUGAAAACGCACAUGAGAGCUUAUCCUGACGCCAUCGCAAAGGGUGUGUCGACCAUCAUGGUUUCGUAUUCGAGCUGGAACAAGCAGAAGAUGCACGCCAAUAAGUUCCUCCUCACAGAUGUGCUCAAGGGCAGGCUAGGUUUCAGGGGAAUUGUCAUCUCCGACUGGCAGGGGAUUGACCGCAUCUCAGACCCGUGGGGGGCGAACUACAUAAACUCUGUCAGACAAGGAAUCAAUGCUGGCAUUGAUAUUGUCAUGGUGCCCUUCGAUUACGUGAAGUUCAUCAAUAUUGUGAAGGGGCAUGUCGCCACUGGUGCCAUCCCCAUCGGAAGAAUCAACGACGCUGUGAGCCGUAUCCUGCGGGUGAAGUUCCAGGCUCGCCUAUUCGAGUACCCUUACGCAGAUAACAGCCUUAGGACAUACCUUGGUUCGCUGCAACAUGGCGCCUUGGCACGGGAAGCAGUGCGCAAAUCUCUGGUGCUCUUGAAGAACGGAGGUGGUGCGAAGAAGAAGCUACUGCCCUUGAACAAGUACGCCAGUAAGAUCCUGGUAGUGGGAGCUCACGCCAACGACAUUGGCCUGCAAUGCGGAGGCUGGACUAUAAGCUGGCAAGGAGGCAGAGGCGCCACCACCAAGGGCACCACCAUCCUGGGCGGCAUCAGGCAAGUCAUAGGUCGUAACUCUGAGGUUGUAUACCAGCCCAACCCCUCUGCCGGAUAUGCUAAGGGCAAGGGCUUCGAGUACGCCAUUGUCGUUGUUGGUGAGCAACCCUACGCUGAGGUGAACGGUGACAACCUCAACAAUCUCAACAUGCCGGCGCCAUACCCCGCCCUAAUCAAGGAUACCUGCUCCAAUGUUGCGUGCGUGGUAGUCAUGAUCUCUGGCAGACCGCUUGUGGUUGAGCCCUACCUGGGCUACAUGAACGCGUUUGUCGCUGCAUGGCUUCCAGGAUCUGAAGGACGUGGAGUUGCCGAAGUGCUGUUCGGCAACUACGAAUUUUCCGGGAGGCUAUCAAGGACGUGGUUCCGGCGCGUCGAUCAGCUGCCUAUGAACGUUGGCGAUCGAUACUACAACCCGUUGUUCCCCUUCGGAUACGGGAUGAAGAUGGGCCUCAAACGUGCCUAGUUCCUUCGAGUUGAAUUAUGUAUUCCCUGUAGUGUGCAAUUGAUCGAUGCAUUCAUUUUGGUUUUGGUGAUUUGUUCACCUUCUCAGAAAUCUAGGUUGGCUCAUGAUUGAUUGAUAGAUUGAUCCUUGUUGGUCAAGGUUCAAUUCUCAUGUAGGCCGGUUCUGUGCAAGAAACAGAAUACUGAGCUAGCAAUAAUCGUUCAGAGAGCUAUCUUUGAUGAAUUUGCGUUUGCAAUUCUAUUAAUACUAACGGUAGUUGAGGGCCGUCAUCCCACUUCUGGUAUUCCUUUUGUUUGUAAUGUCGUCUCUCGAAUUCAGUUCCGAGGCGUUGGCCGUGGCACAUA